AUGCACAUCAUAAAGCCCUCGUGGCUGAGCCACAGCGGUGAGCAAAAGGACUUCGAGGUAUACAGCUGCCACGUUUCUCCCGAUGGCAAGCGCCUUGCGACCGCUGGCGGUGAUGGACACGUUCGGGUCUGGUCCACCGACGCCAUCUACCAUGCCAAAGAUGCCAGCUACUCCAAGCCGCGGCAGCUAUGCCAUAUGAGCCAUCAUCUGGGAACCAUCCACUCCGUGCGCUUUUCUUCCAAUGGGCGAUACCUGGCCAGCGGCGCCGACGACAAGCUCAUCUGUGUCUACCAUCUCGACAAGAGCACGGCCGCCGUAACCUUUGGCAAUAACGAGCCGCCUCCCGCCGAGAACUGGAAAACAUACAAGAGACUGAUAGGCCACGAAAACGAUGUUCAAGACUUGGCUUGGUCUCCCGACUCGUCCCUGCUUGUGUCAGUUGGCCUUGACUCCAAGGUCGUUGUCUGGUCCGGCUACACCUUUGAGAAACUCAAGGCAAUCCCAGCGCAUCAGAGUCACGUCAAGGGCAUCACCUUUGAUCCCGCCAACAAAUUCUUUGCGACCGCGAGCGAUGACCGAACCAUCAAAAUCUUCCGCUACACUCCUCCCACCCCCAACUCGACUCAACAUGACAUGGUUAAUAAUUUUGUCCUCGAAACGACCAUUAGCUCCCCCUUCAAGAGCUCGCCCUUGACGACAUACUUCCGCCGAUGCUCUUGGUCACCCGAUGGUAAUCACAUUGCUGCCGCAAAUGCUGUCAAUGGCCCGGUCAGCUCGGUCGCUAUUAUCGAACGAACAAGAUGGGACAGUGACAUAAACUUGAUUGGACACGAGGCGCCCACCGAGGUCUGCACGUUUUCCCCUCGCCUCUUUCAUACCGUAAAGCCGAAUGACAAAGGUGCAGCCAAUGGAGAUGCCGGCCAGUUGGUCACAGUUAUAGCUUCGGCUGGACAGGAUAAAACCUUGAGCAUCUGGAACACGAACACGUCACGUCCCGUGGUCAUCCUCCAAGAUCUGAGUGGCAAGUCAAUAUCUGACUUGUCAUGGACUCCCGAUGGACAGACCAUUUUUGCCGCUAGCUUGGACGGCGGCGUCAUUGUGGUCAAGUUUGACCAAGGAGAAUUAGGGUGGGUUGCUCAGACGGAAGAGAACGUGAAGGCGUUGCAAAAGUAUGGCGCUUCUCGCAAGGGGAUGGGCAUACCGGAAGACGUCGACGGCUUGUUGCUGGAAACACACAGCAAAGCGGGCGAGUCGAAAGCCGUAGAGUCAAGAAUGGGGGCCUUGAUGGGGGACUUGCCUUCAGACACAGCAAAGGAAGCUACCCCAGCUUCCAGCGGAACAAAGCCCGAAAAGACUGUCGCAACCAACGGCCAGCCGGCCAAGGCCGAGCAGACUCCGGAAGAGACAGCGGACAAGUCCGCAGAGCGAGUCAAAGAGCUCAAGUCUCGAGUCAGAAUCGGAAAGGAUGGGAAAAAACGAGUGGCACCGCUUCUGGUCUCGUCAUCUGGAACCGGCCUGUCUUCAUUGCCCCAGACGCAACUGGUUGGAUCCACGACUACAAGGAAAACGCAGACUGAUGUCCCACAAACAACGCUCGAUCUUAGCAAGCCGUUCGAUGGUUUGCCAAAGGGUGGCAUCGCUUCCAUGCUGCUCGGAAAUAAAAGGAGAUCGGUGGUGGCAGAUGCCGAGGAAGAAGGCGUUCCGACAGCCAAACGUGCCGCCACCGGCCCUACACCGAUUGUCACCAACGGCGUUGAUGGUGUAGAGCUAGCUGCUCUGUCACCGGUACAAAACGGGGUCGUCCCAACGCCCGAGUUCUUGCGACCGGCUGUACUGAAUCCAUCGAUAUCCUUGGCACAGGUCAGGCUUGCCGUCCCUAGAAUCAGGUCACACAUUUUGCGAGCAAUGGAUCGUGGCGUGCUUCAGCCUGAAACCAGUAGCCUUGAAGAGGCCUGCAAGGCGCCAGAAAAUAUCAUCAUGGAAGCCAAAAAUGACCCGAAUCCUCGCGAUCCUGCCCAUGUUCUGGUCACGAAAAGGGGGGAACUGCUGUGGCAGGAGUUUCUACCGCGGGCUGUCAUAUUGGUGACUGCAAACAAGAAUUUCUGGGCCGCGGCUUGCGAGGACGGUUCCGUACACGUAUGGACCCCUGCGGGCAGACGAUUACUGAACGCCAUAAUAUUGGAGUCGCAGCCUGUCAUUCUUGAGUGCCGAGGCUAUUGGCUUCUAUGCAUUACGGCAGCUGGAUUGGCACACGUUUGGGAUAUUCAAUCUCAGUCGUCACCUCACCCACCAGCGUCCCUUGGCCCUAUCCUCGACGUGGCUGUCACCUCGCUGAAUCAACAUUCCGCCACGCCAGGCCCAGGAGUCACCUCUGCACACCUUAAUAGCACGGGACACAUUGUAGUGACGCUCACGAACGGUGACGGCUUCUGCUAUGCCAGGGAGAUGUACACUUGGCAGCGUCUCAGUGAGGCUUGGUGGGCAGUCGGAUCUCAGUACUGGAACUCCAACGAUUCGUCUAUUUCUGCCCUGCAGUCUACGGCGGUUGGACCAGGUUUUGGCGACAAGAAAGAAAAAACUGUUCCCGCGACCGUGUCAUCCGGGGUCAUACCCUUCCUCGAGCGCCACACCACAGCCGAAUUUCUUCUCAAGGGCCGCGCGUACGCGCUGCAACGCAUCAUCAAAACCGUCAUGCAACGCAAAGAAGCUGAAGACCUGGAAAGUACCAUCAGCAUUGCUCACCUGGAGAAUCGUAUCGCCGGAGCAUUACAACUCGGUGCCAAGGAAGAAUUUCGCCUAUACUUGUUCAUGUAUGCCAAGCGUUUAGGUGCAGAGGGUACGAGGCCAAAGGUGGAGGAGCUGUUGAACAGCCUUCUAGGGGGGAUUCUGCGAGAUGAAACGUCUGAGGAGCAUCACGGUAGAGGAUGGUACGGCAAUGAUGACGAGAUUUGCGGCUGGAAUCGCAAAGAGCUUUUAAAGGGUGUCGUCCUGAUUCUCGGCAAGUAUCGCGAGCUGCAGCGCUUGACAUCACAGUAUGCAAGAGUUCUCGACCUAAAUAUGGAAGACGGCUCGAUUGAUGUUGAUACAAUGGACGUCGAGCCGUAA